AUGGACCCGAAAAGUUCGAUCAGUGUUUGUGAUGAUUCAAGUGGAUCUGUGCUUGAGGCUGUGAUUGUAGUUGAUGUUAAGGGUCAAACCAGUGACUCUGUCUCAAAAAAGGUUUUGAUUGAAGGACAAAGGGAAGAAGAAGAAGAUGCGAAUAAACCGCAACAAAGAAGAGAAAAUGAUUCAAGAAUGGACAAAGAUGGUGUUGGAUGCAGUAACAUUUCAACUCAUGCUGUUCACGAGGAAGCAGCUUGUGUUGUCGAAGAGAACGAGACUUCAAAAGCAAAGGCGAAGGAGUUUCACAUGGUUGAUUUGAGCAGUGUAGAAGAAAGUGAUGGGCAAAUAAUCUGCAGAAUUUGUCAUUUUGGUUCUGAUCAAUCACCGGAUAGAGUUUCUGGUAAGUCAGUAAGUCCGGACUUGAUUGAGAUUGGUUGCAAAUGCAAAAACGAGCUUGGCCUUGCACAUUUUCAUUGCGCUGAAACUUGGUUCAGGCUAAGAGGAAACAGUGUAUGUGAAAUAUGCAGUUGCACAGCGAAGAAUGUUACGGUAAGGUUGAUGGAGGAGUGGAACGGAGAAAGGGACAGUACAAUGGAUGAGAGAAGAAGGCGAGGAAGAGGACAAUCUUGCUGCAUCUUCAUGGUUUUUCUCCUCAUUGUCCUUUUUCUUCAUUGGUUAUUCAAACAGGUUUCCAGUUACUACCAAAACACAGGACAUUGA